AUUACCAGUUGUUUAGGAAAAGCUUGACCAAUGCAAUGAAUCAAUUACAUUUCUGUUUCAAUUCGAUUAAUUUAUAUAAUUUAAAGUUUAUUUGCUGUUAAUUAUUUAUCCCGAAACUGAUGUUUUAGUGCCACUCUCUAUUUGAAUCUGAGUUCUCUUAUUAUCAUCUGACUUCACUUGGAAAUCUUGCUUUGACUCGCAAUCUUGGAAUGCAUCUUUUCCAUUCUAUUCUCGUUUUUUUUCUAACUUGUUAUUAAGUGAUCAUUUCGUUCUUAUUCUUAAUCAAUUCACUUCUAAAUUAAUACCACUUUCUUUGAGUUUUCACUUAUUUUAAAGUAUGAAAGUUUGUGAAAAGUGUCUUAAGGAAUUCUCAGCUCAAUCCAACUUGAGUCGUCAUCUUAGGCAGAUUCAUGGGGAACCUCCAAAACAUUCACACUCUCUUAUAUGUCCGCUUUGUGAUGACUCAUUAACACGCGAGAAAUAUUUUCUAGCUCAUUUAAGACACAAUCAUGAUUUGACCAUUGAUGAGAGGCAGUUAUAUUUCAACACAGAAGAUGAAUUUUAUAAAUGGAAAAUUUUGAUGGAAAAAUCAACCGCAAGUUACUAUCGGAAAGAUCGAUCUAAGAAGGACAGCAAACAAAAGACCAUGUAUUUUACUUGUAAUCGAUCUGGAAGCUAUUCUCCCAAACAAGAAAGAAAAAGACGUUUAAGGGCUCAAGGCAGUCGUAAAAUCAACCGUACAUGUCCAGCAAAAUUAAUUGUUACUAAAAAUAAUGCAUCAGGCCAAUUAUCGGUAUAUUUUAUUCCUACACAUGUUGGACAUGAAACUGAUUUAAAACAUCUAAACCUUCAUAAAGAAGACAGACUGAAGAUUGCCAAAAAGCUUGAAAUGGGAGUCGAUAGAAAUCAACUUUUAUCUAAGAUCCGUGAAUCACUUUCUUCCACGAGCCCUCAGCGUUUGCAUAUGAUUACAGUUAAAGAUUUAAGGAACAUUAAAGACAAGUGUACCAAGACCCGGGAAGAAAUUCAGGCAGAAAGUCAACAAGAAAGACAUUUACUUUUAACCCCAGCUAUGGUUACAACUGGAGAAAUGGAAUCAUCUAAUGUUGAAGUUGUAACAGCUGAUAAUGUAACUGAUUUUGAUGUCCAAAUUGACGGUGAAAUUCAAAUGGAAGAAGACGGUUCUAUUUUGUUCGAACAAAAUGGUAAUGAACAACCUGAAGAUCGUGCUCGUCUUGUUGAAAAUAUUAUGAAAAAUUUAGACAAUGAGAUUCCAAUCGAAACAUUAAAUAAUAUAAAAGAGCUUAUAGAAACUGCCAAACAAAAAAGUAAAUGCGUUGUUGACAUGGGAGUACCGAUUACUCGAUGUGGCAGGCGAAUGGUACCAACUCAAGCCAAAUCUAAAACUGCAAUGACAAUAGUUCCAUCCACUUCACCAGCUUCUAGAUUAAGAAAAAUUCUUCCUAAACCAUCUUUAGAUCAAACAGACUCUUCAAAAGUAAAUUCAUCUCAUCCGAUUGAAACAAACCUCAAUGAAACCUCAAAUGAAGCAACUCUCGCCUCAACAAUUUUAAACCAUGAAGCAAAUAACCAUAACAAUGAGAAUCCAUCUUCUUUGCAAUUAAUUGAUGUUCCAGCAGAUUCUCAGAUCCGAAGGAUCAAUCAAUCCUGUUUCAUUAUAAUACCAGCAACAAAAUGAGACAACAUAAUUAUAUUGUAAAUCUAUUUCUUGUAUCAAGAUAUAAUAAGUUUAAGCGAUAUAACCCCAAAGAAUAGAUCACUAUCGUGCUGAUCGAAUAAAACGAAUCUGGAUAAAGUUAUAUUUUUAGAAGAUUGAAAACAAAUCAAUCUUGACUAUGUGCUUGUACCUAUUUUGGACCUUUGAACAUAUAUACAUAUAUACAUACAACUUCAUAAAUAAUUAUAUCACUUUGUUGUUAAUGAAUCAAACUGUUUUUAUUAAA